CAGUAAUAUCUGGAUUUUAUGUUAAAGUACUGCUAUUUUCCAUCAUGAGUGGCACUUGAGUAGUAAUUGAUUUAAUGAUAAUCGAUAAUAGUUUAAAAAGUUCAAAAAAACGACCAUAUCAUCACUCAAAGUGGUUGUACCCGAGUGCUGUAUCGCCCAAAUCGAAAGUCGCUCUUGGUUUCCGAAAAAGCGUUGGAAACUUUCCAAGCAAACCUCGCGGGAAAAAAAGCGAAGUGCGGAGUGAAGAGAGUACAAAAAGCUGCAAGCGAAAGCCGGUGCAUAAAACCGUUUGUUAAAGGAUUCCUGCCUGUGGCCUGAGAAAUAGCGUGUGUUGUGGAAAAUGUCUCAGUUCAAUUAUCUCAAUGAGCUGAACAAUAUAAUCACAAUGGACGGCGAACUGACAAAAGGACCCGCUCCUCGGUGGCAAAAAAAGAUGGAUCUUUCGGCAGCAUCAUCGAGUUUCAACGCAAGCUCAAUGAACACAUCUCGCCAGAAGCUGUCGGUUUCGUUCAACGGCCAGCAAACGGUUCCGCCCGGGACGCUUAGCGGGAAGACCCCGAGUAAAAAACCCGGAGGUGGAUCUAGCACCAAGAAGGAAGGUAAAUCCCAAACGCCAAGUCAAAAGCAACCUUCCGGCGGGGACAGAUUCAUCCCGAACCGGACGACUACGGAUUUCGACCUGGGUCACUACAUGGUGAAACAGAACGAAGCCAGGAAGGAAACCGAAGGCGACGGAAGCGGCGAAGAUGGGCAGCAGCAGCAGAACGGAACGAAUCCGAGCCCCAAGAAUGCCGAGCGCAUCAAGAUUCUAUCAGAAGCAGUCAAGGGAUGUGAUAUAAGCAACAAACGGAUUUUGUCCUACCAGACAAAAGCACCGGCAGCCCCGGAAGGACACAUGAACCCCCUCAAAGUGGUCUACUCGGUGAAGACGCCCAUGUCCACGAAAAGUGGUUCCCGCUUCAUUCCGAAUGCACCGGAGCGGAUUCUGGACGCGCCGGACAUCAUCAACGAUUAUUACUUGAACCUGAUGGACUGGAGCGGGGACAAUGUGGUGGCCGUGGCUCUCGGAUCGUCGGUGUACCUGUGGAAUGCGGCCAGUGGCAAUAUCGAAGUGCUGUACGAGAAUGAAGGCGGUGAUCAUGCGUGCGCACUGAGCUGGAUUCAGGAAGGACACAUACUGGCCGUCGGAACGUCUACGGGCACAGUGGAGCUGUGGGAUUGCGAACAGAUGAAGCGGCUUCGAAUCAUGGAUGGCCAUUCCGGCCGGGUGGGAGUUCUCGCAUGGAAUUCCUAUGUGGUCUGUUCGGGCAGCAGAGACGGGUCCAUCGUUAAUCACGAUGUGCGCACGAGGGAUCACAAUGUGGCUACCCUGCGCGGUCACAGUCAGGAGGUUUGCGGUCUGAAGUGGUCCUCGGAUGGGAAACAUCUUGCCAGUGGAGGUAACGACAACCUGGUCAAUGUAUGGAGCACGGCCAACGGAGCUCCACAUACCACUACGGAUCCACUGUAUGCCUUCAACCAGCACCAAGCCGCGGUUCGUGCACUGGCUUGGUGCCCUUGGCAGCCCAACACAUUGGCCACUGGCGGCGGUACAGCGGACAGGUGUAUCAAGUUCUGGAACGUCAGUAAUGGCCAGCUUCUCAACUCUGUCGAUACCAAGUCUCAGGUUUGUGGGCUACUGUUCUCCAAGAACUAUAAGGAACUGAUUUCGGCCCACGGCUACGUGAACAAUCAGCUAACGAUAUGGAAGUACCCAUCGAUGAACAAGCAAAUAGACCUGUUGGGUCACACGGGGAGGGUGCUGCAGAUAGCAAUGUCCCCCGACGGAAGCACCGUGAUGAGCGCGGGUGCCGACGAAACGCUACGACUGUGGAACUGCUUCCAGCCGGAUCCUCUGCUCAGCAAAAAGGAAAAGUCCGUCACCAGGGAGAAACCGAGUCUGCUCAAACAGAGCAUUCGGUGAGUUCUGGGAGGUUUUUUUUUAGGAAUCAUUUUUUUAUAAUGUAGCUUGUUCUUGUAGCUUAUAUUACUUUUUUUUAAUUUGUGUAGCACGUUUUGAUAUUUUGCCAUAAUCGUUGCAUCGUGAACAUGACUAGAUUGUUUCUUUUUGAAAUACAUUGAUAGCUUCAAAGACUGCUAAUAAAAUAGAAAAUGUCGACUGCAA